AUGUUAAGAACACAUAAAAUUGUUGUAUUAUUUUUAUGUUUUAAUGGCUAUUGGCUGCGAAUUGCCGGACAAGGUGUUGAAACAUUAGAUUCACCGGCUAUACAUCAAUUGAUAACAGAAUUACCCGAUGGCAUUCCUUCCUGCCCCGAGGACAACAGUAUCGAUGAUUGCAUUCGAAAUGCCUUCAAUUACAUGAUACACACCAGCAUCAAGGGAGUACCCGAUUUGAAUAUACCACCCAUUGAUCCGAUGCGUAUUAAUAAAUUAAAUGUACAAUUUUCAAAUAAUUUGAUACGAGGCAAGGCUGCGAUACGUAAUAUAACUGUGGAAGGGAUUUCCAAAUCCGAAUUUAAGAGGGUGCAUUAUGAACGCAAAGGGAAAGAUGUCAAACUGAAUAUACACUUUCAAUUGCCAUUACUGAAACUGACUGGGAAAUAUCGCGCAGAGGUGGUGAUAAAUAAUGCCCGAUUUUCUUCGAAGGGGUUGUUUAAUAUUUCGUUGAUUGACAUUGACUCCAAAUCGGAACAUUUUGCCCAGCUGUAUGAACGUGAUGGUCACACCUUUAUGACCCUGAACAGUGUCGAUGUGGAGCCCACAUUGGGUGAUAUGAAAAUUUAUGCCACUGGUUUGGUGCCAGAUCCGGCUUUGAAUGCUGCCCUCUUGGAAAUUGUGAAUAGCCAAUGGCGUAUUAUUUACCGAUCUGCCGUAGUUUCGACCCGUUCCACCUGGCUGCCGAUUCUACUGAAUUACACCAAUAACUUUUUCUCGCAUUUACCAUUUGAUUUGUUGGUAACAAAUCAUAAGGAAUAGUU